CGGAUUUUGGUUGAAUGUAAGGAACAAAGAUUCAAACGUUCCUCCCGGUCAGAUUCUACUAGAUAGGUACGGAGAGUGUAUCACGCCUCCACCGCGCCUGCCAUAACCUCCCUCUUUGGUAUUGACAGAUCUUCCGUCCGUCAACACCCUUCACUUUUCCCACAACACGGGCCAUACCCCUCUCCAUGAAACUGCAUGACAUUGUUGAUAUUUUAUCUCUACGCAUUGCACAUUAUCAUCACUGAAUUGUCUUUCAUUUGUUAUAACCACCGCUAUGGCAGCCUCCUCCACCAGCAGUGUCCACUAGACUUGUUUCCCUCGACCAUGUCUGAUGUCCCAGAAUCGGUCCCGCAGGGAGCUUCGAAACCACAAUUGCUCCAUUCGUUAGAAAAAAUUCCCGAAGAGUCUCAGUCUCCAAGCGAAGCUCGACAAGAUUCUACCGCUCACAGAGAGUCGGUCACUGGUCCUCAUAUCACUUGUCCGCAAACACCCCGCCUUCAUGACGAUAAAUCUCGAGAGCCCGGCUCACAGGGACACCUCCUUGGCAGUCCAAUUGUCGCAUGUGCAUCUCAGUCAGGAGAUGGAGGCCAUUCCAGAACCGAGCCGUCCAUUCUUGAGAUGAACGAAGCUACAAGGCGCAAGAAACUUGAUCUAAGCAGGUAUAGAUCCAUCAAUGCCGUCCUUUUGAGGGCGGAUCCUUGUCGACAGGAGCCCCGUCCGCGAGCAUCUCAUCAGUCUAACGUCCAGGUGGAUAGGGGCCCGGAAACCGGUCAGCAGGGUUCCACCACUUAUGUCUCAAACCGCUCGGACAGUGGAACUAGCCGUCCGAGUCCUAAGCCACAAGCGUCCGAUGUGCGGGGGAAUGACGACGUUGGAAUCGGUCAACAAGCUUCCACCACAGAUGGCUCCGCCCAGUUGCAGUCUGAAACUAGUCGACAGGAACCUAGUGCGCAAGCACGCAGUCUUCAGGACGAUGGAUGUCUGACAGGCAGUCAACCAGAUCCUGCCACUUAUGGAGCGGCGCCAUCAGAAGCUGAAGCCGGAUCGCAAGAGCCCAGUCGGCAAGCUUCUGCUUCUGAAGGGGAUGGACAUCUUGUAGGCAAUCGAAAAGAUUCAGCACCACCUGCAUCAACACUUUCAGAAUCUCGAGCUGAUCCACCGAAACCCAAGGAAGGAUCCGGUCUUCAGGUAAAGGAGCCCCGGGAAAGGGAGCAGCAACAAUCUCCUUGCUCUGGGCCGACUCGCUCAGAGUUCUUGAUGCACAGCUCGGAUUCUAUCAAGACAUCGAACCAAGGAACGAAUAAUCCUGAAGGAAGCGGUCCACUUGGCGAUACUAGGACAUCUAACCUCCAGAACGAUGAGAUUGUGGGAGAUAAGCUGCAAUAUUCGAAGACACAAGUAUUAACCUCCUCCCAACAUAUCUCCGAUUCGGAAAAUUCAAGCUUGUGGGAGACCGUGAGUCAGACAUCAAGUGACCAGCAAGCAAUUGGUCCACCAGUCCGUCCGUCGGAGGACAAGUUUUGGCUCGCGAAGCAAGAUGCAGCUUGCGUCCUCAUCACUCUUGUGCUGUUUUUGGCCUGGUAUAAUCGCUUCACAUCCUCGCUCGGCAACAACCAAACAGUCACCUUUGGUGUCGAAGGUUUAUUGGAGGUGAUUUAUCCUUACUAGGUGCUGGGGAAAUCCAGUUCAGUAUUCCUUCUAGUGGUCGGAGCGAACUUAUUCGCAUCUUGGAGGAGCUUGGCCAUGGCAGACGGCCCAGGCUGGCGUUGGGCAUGUGUUCUGCUGUGUCUUUGCUUACUGUUCGACAUAGUCUCCUUUCCCUUGUGGGCUGAUCCCGCAGGUAGGCUGUUGCAGUGGUGCAU